AAGAAAGCAAUAAAUAAUACAAAAAAUUAGAAGUAUUUCUAUGAAUAUUGAAAGAGGCUUUGCUUGCUAAUAAAAGUUUUGAUGUUUCUUUUUAGAGGAUUUGAAGGAUAAAUAUUAACUCAUCAGAGAGAAUGAGGUCUCCCUAUUUCCCAGCGAGGUCUGUGCUUUUCCACAAGGAGCCAAACGGCGUGACAUACAGAGUCCCAGCACUGCUGUACCUGUCCAAAUCCAGGCGCUUUCUGGCCUUCUGUGAGGAGAGACUUAGCCCGUCUGACUCCCACGCUCAUCUGCUGGUCAUGAGGAAAGGCACUUUCUACAGAAACUAUGUAGAGUGGGAGGACAUGCGUGUCCUGGGCACUGCUUUCCUGAUAGGCCACCGAUCCAUGAAUCCUUGCCCAGUGUUCGAUGAGUUCACUGGUACCCUCUUCCUAUUCUUCAUUGCUGUUCUGGGCCACACCUCAGAGUCCUAUCAGCUGGUGACUGGCAAAAAUGUGACCCGGCUCUGCUACGUCUGCAGCACCGACGGUGGAGACACCUGGUCUGAAGUCACUGACCUCACCCAGAGAGUCAUAGGAGACACGAUUAAAGAAUGGGCCACAUUUGCUCUCGGCCCGGGCCACGGUAUCCAGCUGAAGUCAGGUCGACUACUCAUUCCUGCCUACGCCUACCACAUUGACUGCAAGGAGUGUUUUGGACAACUGUGCCAGAAUACACCUCAUGCCUUCUGCUUCCACAGCGACACCCAUGGGAGAACCUGGCGGUUUGGGGAGGCGGUGCCAGGCCCAGAGAGUGUAGAAUGUCAGAUGGUGUCCGUAGAUGAAGAAGAUGGGACAAAUGUGUUGUAUUGUAAUGCCCGCAGCCGUCUUGGCUACAGGGUGCAGGCUCUCAGUCUAGAUGAUGGAGCUGUGUUUCAGGAGGGGCAGCUGGUGCAGCGACUGGUGGAGCAAAGAAAUGGCUGCCAUGGUAGCACUGUUGGAUUUCCUGCCCCAUUACACCUGUGGGAAAGUCUUAACCAUCACUGCUCCAGACACUGGACAACCUCCAUGGCCCACUUCAAUCAAACCAUACCUUCCUCUCCAAGCUUCACCAGCUCGUUGUCACCCAGUCGCAGAUCCUCUCCAGAUUUCCUCACCCCCACUUGGGUUGUAUACUCCCACCCAACAUGGGCCACUGCACGCAAGGAUCUAGGUGUUUACCUCAGCAUAUUGCCCCGUGAUCCAGACAGUUGGCGUGGCCCCUGGGUGAUCUACGAGGGCCCCAGUGCCUACUCAGACCUGGCCUAUCUGGAGCUCCCUCCCUCACCUGGAGAGCCACCUGCUGUGGCCUUCGCCUGCUUGUUCGAGUGUGGAACCAAGACAGCUUAUGAUGAAAUCAGUUUCAGCAUCUUUACCCUCUAUGAACUUAUUGAUCAUCUGCCAAGAGAUUUACAGCAGGAAAAUGACAGUGCCAGUCAUAAUAGACCGAAGGGCAAGGUCCCUGAGAGAGGACGGAGUAGCAAGCUUGAUGCUCAGAGCACACCAGUUACACAUCAUGUGCCUCAUAUGAAGAAGAGGAGGAAAACAAUGAGCCGACUGACAGACAUCUGCUCUGUGUCUUAAAAAGUUUCUCAGUUUUCAAAAAAAACCCCGAUCUGUUCUGUUUGUGUAGUGUUACUCAGUUACUCAGUUUUUGUUUUGGUGCUGAUAAUUUGCUCGUUGAAAAUUUGUCGAGCAAAUGUUUUUCCUGACCAAUUUAGAGUGAUUAAAGCUGUAGUGUGUAUCUUUUAAAUAUUAAACAAAGGUCCAUUACAUUGAAACCAUUGUCAAAUGUGAGUGAGUGAAGCGAGACAACACGAUUGUUCUCUGAAAAAUGUUCAACAAAUGUUGAAAGAGAACUUAAGGUUUAAGAAUUAUUCUGGGUUCUCUAAAGUAUAAUUAAGAAAGUGAGACACUAAAAUGAAUGUUGAAAGAGAAGUUGGAAUAUGGACCUAAAGCUGUCUUCUCAGAAAGCUCUGCAGGCUCACAUGAGGUGUGGGGAAAGGUGGGGUGAGUGAAAAUCACCUCUUCCAGUGUGAUUAUAUUUAAUAUGUCUAUACAAACCUGGCGUUUUAAUGCACAACUUUAGACACAAUCACUUCUUAAUUGUAUAUCUUUGACCUCAUGUUGUCUUGCUUCUGUCUAAUGUUGUAUUCCUG